AUGGUAAAUCAAAAUAAUGGAAUUUUUUCAAAGUUAACAGGUCUGACAUUUACCCUCUUUAAACUGAAUAUAGAAAACAUUAAUGAAGAAAUUGAUGAAAAUAUAAGUCCACUAGAGAAGGCAGUUUUGUUUGGUAGCAGUAAUUUAAAAUGCCGAAAGAUAAUAUUUAUGAAAGAUUUAAUGAAAUUACUAAAUAAUAUAAAUUACGAGAAUUUUAAGAAAUAUAUUUACCCAUUAAUAGUAAAAUUAAGUGAUGAUAAUAACAUAGAAAUAAAAAAUGAAAUAUGUAAUAAAAUAGGAGACUUAUGUGCAUACCUUUUACAAAAUAAUAAUGACAGUGAUGGUUGUGAAGACAUAAUAAAAUUGAUAUUUCCAAUUCUUGAUAAAUUUAUAAAAAGUUAUGAUAAUAAAAGUAUCAUAGGAAAUGUAAUGAAAUCGUUAUUAAUAUUAUCUACUCAUAUUAAUUCAAAAUAUAGAAAGAAUAUUAUAUUCCCAUUUAUAUUAUCUCUUAUAACAAAUGAAGAGUAUAAAGCAAUUGGUUUUAUUUUAUUAAUUAAGAUAUGUCAUAUAUUUGAGAGAGACAUAAUAUUCAGUUUUUUAAUUCCAUAUACUGAAUAUUUUUUUAAGAAAAAAGAUGAAGAAAUUAAAAUAUACACCUCUUCUUAUUUUUAUAAUAUUUGUAAAAUGUUAAAAGAAGAAGAUUUAUCAAGAAUUUUUCUUAUUUUUAAAAAUAUGUGUAAUGAUGAAAAUGAUAUAAUUAAAAUAAUAAAUAUUUAUAAUUGUGCUCAUAUCUCUUCUUUAUAUUCGAAAACGUUAUUUUUUAAUUUCUUUGUACCAUUGUUUAAUAAUUUUUUAAGAAAUGGAAAUUUGUAUAUUUUUUAUUAUUCCUUAAUAAACUUACUAUUUUUUAUAUGCAUUUUUGAGGAUAUUAAUUUAAUACACCCGUUUUAUGUCCACAAAAUUAUUUUCUUUUUUAACAAUGUUUUCUCGUCUCAUCUGUUUACAUUAAAUUACUUAAACGAAACGGCAAAAAAAAAGAACAAUUAUUUUUUUCUGAAUAUAACAAAGGAUGAAAAUACCUACAUAGAAGGGGCAGAAACAAACGAAGGUAUAGAAAAAGAUAUAGUAGCACCAAUUGAAGAUGUUAAUCAAGAAGGGUUUGAAGUUGAUAAAAAUAACAUAGAUCGUACGACUAUUUCUGAAUCCCUUAUUGGUCUUGCUAAUCUCGUUUCAAAACCAUCAAGAGAAUUUCACCCUUCCUUUCGUUCUAUAAAGGAAGACAUUGCAUAUACAAAAGAGGAUAAGGAAGGGCUAAUAGUGGACGAAUUGAUAAAUAUGAACAUAAUGAGAAUAGAAAAAGAAGUACGGAGUAGUAGUUGUAGUACUACUACUAAUGAAAAUCAUUCUGUUGUACCACAAAAAGGGGAAAAAAGAUGUUCGAGUAUAAAUGAUAAUUUAUUGGAAAGGGAAGAUAUAAUAAUAGAGGGUGAUUUAUUGAUUAAAAGAAAUUAUGAAAUUAACAAUUUGCACGAACAUUUACAGGAUGAGAAUAAAAGUGAAGAAGCAAAUGUAAAACUAAAUGGGAAAAUUACGACACAGUCGAAUGGAUUAAAUCAUGAUAUGAUAACUUGUAACUCCAGUAUUAAAGAGGAAAGAAGCAAAAGUUCUGGGGAAAUAGCGACGGAGGAAAAUGCCCUUAUAUACCCAUCUAAAAGUGAAGGUGAAGGUGUAGCGGUAGUGACCAGUGAGGGGUGCUUUGAGAUAAAGGAAGGGGAUGUAAAAGUGAUGGAUAGAGUAGAAAUAAUGAAGAAGGCAAAAGGGGAAACAUACGUGAAAGGGGAAGAAAAUGAGAAAGAAAAGGAUGUUCAUUAUUCAUCUUCAUCGGGUAAUGAACCAAAUAGUUCUUCGAGUAUAUUAAUUGAAGGUGCAGGUGACAUAUGUAUAGAACACAAUGAAUAUAAUAUAAUAAAUGGAUAUUAUGAAAAACCUCAAGAAGUAUUGGAAGAAAAGGAUAUAAAUAAUAAUGGAAUUAUUAAGAUUAAUGAAAAAGUGGAAGAGGGGGGAACAUUAUUAAUUCCCUCUUCAUCUGCAUUGUUAGAGACGUCUUACUCAACUUCUAUGCUUCCGUCAAUUUCAGCAUCAUCAAACGGUAUGUUGUCGUCUUCGUCAAUUUUUUUCAAUAAUAAUUUAAUCAAUGAUCUUAUAAUUAAUAAUACUCAUUUUUGUGUAAGCAUAAGUCAAUUUUUUCAAAUACACGGCAAUGACGACCGUUACGGAAGAAUUGAUAAUUAUCACUCGGUAAAAAGAGUAGAAACCGAGGAAGAGGAACAGAAAGAAGAAAAGAAAGGUGUGGAUGGAAAAAAUGUUGGAUACAUGGAGGGGGAAAGUAGGAGAAACGAAUUUGUUCAUUUAAAUGAAAAUGACUUAACUGAUAUAGAUAACACAUUUAACCAUGACAAAACAAUCGAUAUAAAUUUAAUAAAAGGAUGUUAUUAUAACGAGUUGGAGUUAAUUAAAAGCAGUAUGAUAUAUGGUAAAAUUUUUUUAAAAAAAAAGAAAGAGGAGAAUAAAAAUAAAAAGGGAAAUAAUGAUCCUAUUAACUAUGAUAAUAAUGAUGAUGACAAUGAUAUAUACAACAUUGGAGCCAUUGAUUUUGAUUCCAUAAAAAAAAAAUUUUUUUUUGACACGCCAAAUAAUAUUAUUGUCUCACAUAAUAUAAAUGCAGUAUAUAUUUCAGCACUACAUAUACCCAUGUUAAUUUUAAUCUUUAGAGAAUAUUUCUUUAGAUUCUUUUCGCAUGUUUUUUUUUUCAUAUGUACAUACCCGUAUUAUUUUAUAAGGAAAAUUAUAGCAUCCUUAUUUUAUGAUAUUUUACAUAAUUUAUUCGACGCAAAAUUUUUAAAAAUUAAUGUUGAAAAGUUAAAUAAGGAACAAGAAAAAUUGAACAACCUUAUACGAAAGGAAGAUAAUAGAAUGAGAAGAGGAAAAAAUACUAGUAGUCUCCAUUUAUCACAUUCCAUAAAAGCAGAAAAUAAAAAAUACAGAAAUGAUUUUAAAAAUGUACAAAGAAAUGAAUACACAGAAAUAAUGCACACAUUUAACAAUGAUUAUGCGACUUAUUAUAGUAUGAAACGAAUACAAAAUAUUAAAUUAGUAGAAGACGAGUUGAACAAUGAAUGUAAGGAGAAUGCAUAUACAGACAACAUUAGGGGAGAUAAAGUUGUAGUUCGUUUGAGAAGCGCUUCGACUAAUGUGAAGAGCAGAUCGAACCGGUUAACCGAGAGAAAGAAAGAGAAGAACAAUUGUAAUGACACAUAUAAGCAGGAAAAAGAAACGAGCAAAAGGGGGAAAAAAGAGAGUAUAGAAAUUGUGAGGGAAAUUAAGAGAAAGGAUAUUGGGAAAGAUAAUAGGGAAAAUAAUGAGAAAGAUAGUAAGGAAAAUAAUGGGGAAGAUAGUAAGGAAAAUAAUGAGGAAGACAAUAGGGAAGACAAUAGGGAAGACAAUGGGAAAGACAAUGGGGAAGACAGUGGGGAAGACAAUGGGGAAGAUAAUAGGGAAGAUAAUAGGGAAGACAAUGGGAAAGACAAUGGGGAAGACAGUGGGGAAGACAAUGGGGAAGAUAAUAGGGAAGAUAAUAGGGAAGAUAAUUGGACAGACAAGCGCAAUAUAAAUUCGGAGAAAAAUGGAACAAAUCAAAAUAAAGAAAAAACAGAUAAAUUUGAAAAUUCAGAAAGUUAUAAUAAGAUAAUAAAAAGAAUACAAAAGCAAAUCAAUGCAAAUUUAUAUGAAAGCGAUUUUUUUAUAAAUGAGGAAAAUGAAAAUUUUUUCUUUUAUAAAAAAUUUCUUAAUAAAUAUGAAAAUGUUUAUAUAAAAUUUAUAGAGAAAUUUAAAAAGUAUUACACGAAUGAUUCAUUAUUAUUUUUUUUCCACUUUUUUAUUUACUAUUUUUUAAGAGAUUCAAAUGUAUUAGUUAAAAAAGCGAUUUUAAAAAAUUAUGAUAAAAUUAUAUCUUUCUUUCCUUGUUCAAUACAAAAAAUACUUAUGUCUUAUUUGUUUCAUGUUUUAGAAUUUAAGACGCUAAAUUAUUCGUUACGCAGAAAAGUUUCAAAAAUUAUUUUUAGGAUAGUAUCAAAAACUGAUGAUGCCAGGUUAUGCAAAGAUGAAGUUGCAGCUAUUCGCUUAUACACCUCAAGCUAUUUUUACCUGUUCUUAAUAAAGGGGUGCCCCCGUCUAUACAAUUUUUUUAAGGGGAAUGGAGAGUUAUUACCAGUAGAAGAAUACAAAAAAGAUAUAGUAGUAACAAAUGAAAACAAUUACAAACUACAGAGUCGUUCCUUCACGGGUGGAGACGAAGUGUCUUUAAUAAAAACAGUUAUAAUCACAUUUGCAAAGAGUAAUCAUUUUUAUGAUAGGCAAAUUUUUAUAAAUAUGUGUGAUAAAAUAAUACAUGAAUGCCCUAAGAAUUUAUUUUUGCUGUACUUUUUAAAACCAUUUGUAAUCUUAUCAGAUGAUAAAAUUAAAGUUGUUAGAAUUACUUGGGAGACAUGCGUACUUUCGCAAUUUAAAAAAAAGAGGCAGCUUUCGAAUGUUUCGAAUGUUUUUGAAAAAUUAAAUGAGGUGUAUGAGAAAUAUGGAAAGGCAGCCGUAAGCAAAUGUAACUUAGCUGAUCUUAGUAGCUCGAAUAAUGCGUCUAUUAAAACAUUUGAUUUACAUGAUUUGGAUGAUUAA